UUAAACGCUACUAUAAUUUACUACCUAUCUCGCCCUGACUUACCUCUUAAUUGAGCUUUCAGAAGGCCAAGGAACAGGACAUAAUCACUAGAACCAAGCAAAAUCAUGUCUUCCGCAAAACCGCAGGCAAAACUGCCCGUCGCAGUGAACAAGCCGACGCCCUACUCAUUCGAUCUCGCUCUCCUUCUCGCCAAUGACCCGAACCCAGUGGAGCUCGACAAGACGGACCUGGAGGGCUCUCUGUCGAGCCUGGCCCGGGACGGCGCGCAGGCGCUCAUCAACCAGCUCCUGACGACGUGCCCGAUCCAGUCCACCCCCUCUGGCGUGUUGCUGUCUCUCCCCGCGCAGCAGACUGCGCUGCCGCGCGAGAAGCCCGUGCCGGCCGCCAAGGAGCCGACCAAGUGGGAGCGGUUCGCCGCCAAGAAGGGCAUCAAGCCCAAGACGAGGGAGCAGCGCCGCAACAUCCAGUACAACGAGGAGAAGGGCGAGUGGGAGCGCAAGUGGGGAUACAAGGGUGCCAACAAGCAGCUGGAGAAGGACUGGCUUGUCGAGGUCGACCCGGCAAAGGAGGCAAAGCUCAAGGAGGGCGAGACCCUCAGGGGCCAGUCGAGGAGGGAGAGGGUCGAGCGCCAGAAGAGGAACGAGAGGAAAAUGCGCAAGAACGAGCGGGAAGCCGCCAAGAAGUGAUAGGAGAGUGGCGGGUUCGACAAUCUCUUGCGCUGUGCACAUAUGUGUUUCUCUUUUGGUUCGAAAAAAAGGGCCUGGUUCAAGUGGCCAUACCGGUGUCUGGAGUUUGGCUUUUGUUAGGAAAUCUUGUGGAUAUCUUGGGUGGCUUUCUGUGCCUUUUUUCACUUCCAUGGCAAAUUCUUAUCACUUCCC